UCGAUUAUUUAAAACAAUUAAUAGGCUUCCAUUAAGACGAUAAUUAUUCAAAUAAUUCUUGUUGUGCUUUAACGCCCAAGAAGUUAGCAAUGAUCUUGCCAAGACGCCAGAUGAGCUAGAAGAAGGCUGAGCGGUAUAUAAAUGUUAAAUUUGAAUUAGUGCUGACUGGACGACAACUUUAUAAUUGUCGAGCCGACUAGGAAGGAAGGUUUAACUUUCCUUGGUUUGACAGACAACUCCGUUAGAAGCCUGGUAAAUAUUGACCUUCUCUGAGGACUCAAAAACUUUUAUUUCAGUUGUGGACUUGGAGGUAUGCAGUUUCAACCAAUUUUGAAUUAG